GCAGAGAGGGUGGAGGACACUGAAUGGAGGUCAGUGAAGGGAAUGGCAGAGAGGGGUGGAGGACACUGAAUGGAGGUCAGUGGAGGGAUUGGCAGAGAGGGGUGGAGGACACUGAGUGGAGGCCAGUGGAGGGAUUGGCAGAGAGGGGUGGAGGACACUGAAUGGAAGCCAGUGGGAGGGAUUGGCAGAGAGGGGUGGAGGACACUGAGUGGAGAGGGGUGGAGGACACUGAGUGGAGGGAUUGGCAGAGAGGGUGGAGGACACUGAAUGGAGGGAUUGGCAGAGAGGGGUGGAGGACACUGAGUGGAGGCCAGUGGAGGGAUUGGCAGAGAGGGGUGGAGGACACUGAAUGGAAGCCAGUGGAGGGAUUGGCAGAGAGGGGUGGAGGACACUGAGUGGAGGUCAGUGAAGGGAUUGGCAGAGAGGGGUGGAGGACACUGAGUGGAAGCCAGUGGAGGGAUUGGCAGAGAGGGGUGGAGGACACUGAAUGGAAGCCAGUGGAGGGAUUGGCAGAGAAGGGUGGAGGACACUGAAUGGAGGCCAGUGGAGGGAUUGGCAGAGAGGGGUGGAGGAC